GCUCGCUGUGCCCCGGCGGAAGGGGCGGUGCGGUCCCGGUACGGUCCCGGUGCGGGCGGCAGGCGGCGGAGUGGCCCCGGCACGAACAUAAACAGUGAGAAAAGCACAGCUGAUCCCAGAACACUGGAUGGGUAUCUAUUUUCUUCUGUUAAUUGUAGGGUUUUGCUGGGGGCAGUACAGCCCCAACACCCUCCCUAGGAAAACAUCUAUUGUGCAUCUGUUUGAAUGGCGCUGGCAGGAUAUUGCUCUGGAGUGUGAGYGCUACUUAGCUCCUAAUGGAUUUGGAGGAGUUCAGAUUUCACCUCCAAAUGAAAAUGUUGUCAUUACUGACCCCCAACAACCAUGGUGGGAAAGAUACCAGCCUGUCAGCUACAAGCUAUGCACAAGAUCUGGAAAUGAAACUGAAUUUAGAGACAUGGUGACCAGGUGCAACAAUGUUGGAGUACACAUUUAUGUGGAUGCAGUAAUCAACCAUAUGUGUGGAGCGAAUGCUGGGGCUGGUGACCAUGCUACUUGUGGAAGCUAUUUCAAUGCAAAGACUGAACAUUUCCCAGCUGUGCCCUAUUCUGGCUGGGACUUCAAUGAUCCUAAAUGUAAAUCUAAAAGUGGAAACAUUGAGAAUUAUCAUGAUAUAUCUCAGGUCCGGAACUGCCGCUUGGUCAGCCUUCUGGACCUGGCSCUGGAGAAGGACUACGUGCGCUCCAGGAUUGCUGAGUACAUGAACCAUCUCAUUGAAAUUGGUGUGGCAGGAUUCCGSAUCGAUGCUGCCAAGCACAUGUGGCCUGCCGAUGUCAAGGCGGUUUUAGACAAGCUGAAGGACCUAAAUACUGAAUGGUUUCCUGCAGGAACUAAACCUUUCAUUUACCAGGAGGUAAUUGACUUGGGUGGAGAGCCCAUCAAAGGCAGCGAGUACUUUGGAAAUGGCCGAGUGACAGAAUUCAAAUACAGUGCAAAACUGGGGACAGUGAUCCGCAAGUGGAAUGGAGAAAAGAUGGCCUACUUAAAGAACUGGGGAGAAGGCUGGGGCUUUGUGCCUUCCGACAGAGCCCUGGUCUUUGUGGAUAAUCACGACAACCAGAGAGGGCACGGGGCUGGCGGAGCUUCUAUUCUCACCUUCUGGGAUGCCAGGCUCUAUAAAAUGGCAGUUGGUUUCAUGCUUGCCCAUCCAUAYGGGUUCACACGUGUGAUGUCAAGUUUUCGCUGGCCAAGAYAUUUUGAAAAUGGAAAGGACAUCAAUGACUGGGUUGGACCCCCAAGUAACUCGGAUGGCUCCAUAAAGCCUGUGACAAUCAACGAGGACACGACCUGUGGCAACGGCUGGGUUUGUGAACACCGCUGGCGUCAAAUCAAGAACAUGGUUAAGUUCCGUAAUGUGGUGGAUGGUGAGCCUUUCUCCAACUGGUGGGACAAUGGCAGCAAUCAAGUGGCUUUUGGCCGUGGUAAUAAAGGCUUCAUCAUCUUCAAUAAUGAUGACUGGUCCUUGAAUGUAACUCUGCAGACUGGUCUGCCUGCUGGCACUUACUGUGAUGUCAUUUCUGGGCAAAAGGAAGGUGACUUCUGUACAGCARUUGAAGUUCAUGUUGCUGCUGAUGGCACGGCUAAUUUCCUGAUUGGSAAUGAAGCUGAAGACCCGUUCAUUGCCAUUCACAUUGAUGCCAAAUUGUAACCAGAUGUGUUGUGCAUGUGUUGUUGCUUCUCCUCUGUAUUUUUGCUAACAGCAAACAGAUGUGCAGAAUGUCCUGGCUCUCAGCACUGCAUGAACUGAGACAGAGCAAAAUGUGUUAGCUGUAAUACUAAUGAAAUAGUGAGCAGCUGCUGUACAGAGAUGAGAGCUGGUGAUGCCAGUGCAGGUCUGGGAGUGUAGGUAUACAUGCAAAUACACAUAAAUAUACAUACGAUAUAUACCGUUUACUAUACAUGCAAAUAUACAUACCAYCUGCAAAUGCUGCAUGCAUUUGUAAGUGCACUUCAAUUCAGCUAAGGGACUAAUAAAAAUGACAGGGGAAGAUARAAAUUAUUUAAUUUAAAAUUGUUCUGCUCUGUAGAAAUGUAGGUUCUCUUUAAGGGCAAGCAGGACUGGGAAUUGACAGGAUGUCCAAAAACCAAGAGAAGACCCCUUUGUGCUGAAGCAUGGCACAAUUCAAGUUGAUAUCAACAGCUCAGUUGAAAAUGCGUUUCUUCUGUUGGUCUAUACAUUCUCUCUAUCUGGUGAAUAAAAAAUGGCAUUUAAAUCAAGUUUUUCCCUUUUUGUGUGACAAACCAAACAAGGGGCCUGGGUCAGAGAAAGCUGGUCCAUGCCAGUCAGUUAUUCUAGCCUGUGGCAUCAUUCAAGCCUGUACCUGGUUCACAGUCAGCUUGUGCUUGUAUAAAUCAAAACCAUACAUCUUCUAUUGUUACACCAAUACUGACUUGAUCUCCUCUGCUGCUGCCUAUAAAGAGCUCACCAUUAGGAUGGUGGGUGCUCCCUGUUAUAGGAAAGGAAUAUGUGGGUUGAAACCUGGUGAAGCCCAGUGCUACAUUCAAAACACUUUUGUUAGUUGUUAACUUUAUGUCAUUUUUCAUGCUGUGCCAUGUGUGCUACUCAUGCUGGUCUGGCUGAAUCAAGGAGACAUUCAAACGUGUUAAUUAACAGAGGGGUAAACAGUUACAGUUACUCUCUGCUGAUGCACACAAUGACACAGUUGUUUAUCUAAAAUAAAGGCCACCUACCAGCCCUUUGUGCUGACUUUAAGUCAGCAUUUCUUUGCAACCCCCUUGAAUAGCCUGCAUGGACUGUGUGAGGUCUCCCAGUCCCCUUUGCCAGUAGCUUUGCCAUUCCUUGCAUCGGGUCUUGAGCAUUGGUCCAUAGUCUUCUUGCCUGACAGCAGCAUAUUGUUCACUGGAAAACACAUGCCAUUGGAAAUUGAGAGUCAUKCAGUGACAUUCUGUCAUUUCAAUGGGACUCCACAGGGAAAGGUGAUGUAAAAAUUAACCUCAGKCACAUUUAGUUGCCCUCAGUAAUAUGGAGGAAUGAUGGCGUCUGUUUUCCCUGAGUUGGUAAUCACAAGGUUCAAUCACUCACUGGCUCCUUGCUGUUAGUGAGUAGCAAGGUCAUUUGCAAUAAUUUAUUAUUUCAUCGUAGUAGUGAAAAAGAGCCCUUUAAUAAGGUCUGUGAUACGAAAAUGAACAGGUGGAAAAAUGGGAUCUGCUUGUGUGUUUUGGCCUUGAAGACCAAAUCUGGGAAAGAGAAUGAUGAAUGUGACACACUGGCUUGGCUAGUUUCAGAAAGAGCACACCAGAAGGAGUUC